GCUCUUCCACUCCUGGCGACUGUUCGGCUACAUGUACGCGCUGCCCCCCCUCCUCCUGCUGCGGCCGCUGAAGACGCUGGCCACUCUCGGCAUCUACGCCGUGGUACACCGGAGGACCUGGUGGCAGCGGAACGUGCACAGAUUCCUGGGCUAUGGGGCAUCAAG